CCCGGGCAAGCGCCGCGCCGGGCGCCGCCGAGGCUCACAACUGCCGAGCCGAGCGGAUUACCCCAAUGGAAACCAUGGAGUCCUCCGCCAGCGUCUCUUCCCGCGAGUCCUUGUAUUCCUUUGACAGCGCCGCCAGCGAGGAGGAGGAGGAGGAGCAACAGCGCUGUGGCGACUUUGAGGUCUUCCUUUCGGACAGUGGCAGCGAUGUGGAGAAGGAGGCGAUUCCCCCACGGCACCGGAGAGACGCGUACCCCGAUCGGCGCGCUUUUCUCUUCGCCCCCGGCCCGGGGCGGGCUAAUGCAGGCCUGCUCCGCCAAGACCACAAGCGCCGGAUGCGGAAGCCGCUUGGGUUGCUGGCUGCGGCCCGGCUGCGGCCCACGGGCUCCUGUUGCCAGUACCCCAUGGCGCGCAGCGAGGCGUACUGUGCGCACCUGAUGGACGCUGACAAGAGCCUGCCCAGGCAGGUGGCGAACCAAGGCAGGAUGGAGAGCGGCGGACGCAAACGCCUCAGCAGCGCCCUGGGAGGUGGCCCGGGCCGCACGCACGUGCCGCCGCCUUCCCGCCACGGGGUAAAGAGGCAGCGGAACGUGGAGAGGGACGCACGGCAGGAUCCGCGCUCUCCCUGCUGGACCGAAGGGGACCACGUCUUUGCGCAAAAGUGCCGGGAACUCCAGGGCUUCGUCCGCCCUCUGAUAGAACUGCUCAACAGGCUGAAGACGGGGCGCUUUGACCGAGGGCUAAGUAGCUUCCAGCAGAGCGUGGCCAUGGAUAGGAUCCAGCGGAUCAUUGGCGUCCUCCAGAAACCAGAGAUGGGCGAGCGAUACCUGGGCACCCUUUUGCAGGUGGAAAGGAUGCUGAAGGUCUGGUUCCCUCACGUCGCUUUGAAGAGCUCUCGUGACGCCCGCGAUGCAGCGGUGGAGACAGUUGAGCAGUCUUCUGCAGGAGAGAAUAUUGCCGAAAAGCGGGCGGCGUCCCUCCCAGACCUGGUGCCGGAGCACCCCGCGUUCCCCGCCUCGCCUGACACCAACCCCAGCGCUCCCUCGGGAGAGCCGGCGCGCUUCCUGGGCAACUGGCCCGCCAUGAACUUGACCUGGAUUCACACCGCGCCCAUUUCGAACCCUCCCUUGGGGCACGUGGACUUGGGCCGGGUGAACUCCGCCUUCGGGCAGGCCUUGCUGGGGCCCCACUCCGGCGCCUACGGGGUCGUCGUCUUCCUCCAGAACAACCCCGACGCCCUGGGCCCGUUCGGCCGCGCCACCUCCCUGACUUCCGUCCACACCUCACCGACCUGCUGCCAUUCCAGCACGCUGCUUCCGGGCUCCGCGGAGCACCCUCGGUGUCGCAGUCUGCCGGGCCCCACGAUAGCGGGGAGCCAUCUUGACAGAGGGACGCUUGGGGGCCUCUCAAAGUCUCUGCCCCAUUUGCCUAUUUCCAGUGAAGGGCGGGAAAUGGCCCACGGGACGCCUGCGCAUCACAGCAACUCCUGAUCCUCGGUCCCACGCAUCUCCCAAGUUGUGUGAAUUUCCUUCCAAUUUUCCUUUCCUUCUUCCUUUUUUUUUUUACAAAUGUUGUUCUACCUUUUUUUUAGUUUUGUUUUAACUUAAAACAUUUCACGUGCGUCCAAGAGCCGGUGCUGAACCCCGGCUAUCGGCUGAGCUGAGAAGGGGGAAAAUGUUUGGGUUGCAAUAAAAGGCGCCACAAUGGUUGUCGAAUGAGA